AUGUUCUGGAGUCGUCGCAAUGAUUAUUCUUUGUCUGUAAGGGAUGGGGAUACUGUUAAGCACUAUCGAAUAAGGCAACUUGAUGAGGGAGGCUUCUUCAUCGCUCGUCGCACAGCAUUCUGUACUCUGCAAGAGCUUGUAGAACACUACAGCAAGGAUGCAGAUGGACUGUGUGUGAACCUUAGGAAACCAUGCAUUCAGGUGGAGAAGCCAGUUACUGGUGGUCUGUCCCAUAGCACGCGAGACCAGUGGGAGAUAGACCGCUCGUCCCUCAAGUUCGUCCGCAAGUUAGGUCACGGCCAGUUUGGUGAGGUCUGGGAGGGCUUGUGGAACAACACUACCCCUGUAGCCAUAAAAACCCUUAAGCCAGGAACCAUGGAUGGGCAAGAUUUUAUGGCGGAAGCUCAUAUUAUGAAGAAGCUAAGACACAAUAAAUUAAUUCAGCUCUAUGCAGUGUGCACAUUAGAGGAACCCAUAUAUAUUGUCACUGAACUUAUGAAGAAUGGAAGUUUGCUAGAAUAUUUGCAAGGGAAGGGACGCUCUCUGAAGUUGCCACAGCUGAUAGAUAUGGCUGCACAAAUAGCAGCAGGAAUGGCAUACUUGGAAUCACAGAACUACAUCCAUAGGGAUUUGGCGGCACGAAAUGUUCUGGUUGGUGAUGGAAACAUCGUUAAAAUAGCUGAUUUUGGUUUGGCGAGACUCAUAAAGGAGGAUGAGUAUGAAGCUCGUGUUGGUGCCAGGUUUCCAAUUAAAUGGACUGCUCCAGAAGCUGCCAAUUACAGCAAGUUUUCUAUAAAGUCUGAUGUCUGGUCAUUCGGUAUACUUCUCACUGAGUUAGUCACCUAUGGUCGUAUCCCAUAUCCAGGUAUGACAAAUGCAGAAGUUCUUCAUCAAGUAGAACAUGGGUAUCGAAUGCCGUGUCCUCCUGGUUGCCCAAAUAGCCUGUGUGAGAUAAUGUUGGAAUGCUGGCAUAAGGAUCCAAUGAAACGCCCUACAUUUGAAACGUUGCAGUGGAAACUGGAAGACUUCUUUACAAUGGAAGGUUCAGAGUACAAGGAAGCUUCGGCAUACUGAGAAUGCGCCCACCUCCCGGAAUGGCCACUGCACA